AUCUAUGAGGAGUGACCAGUCCAAAGUAGACCCUCCUUUCUUCAGUAAAGAACCUGGACCCACAGACUCAGCGUUCUGCAAACCAUGCAUUUCAUACUGGGUCCAGUCUGCUUCAUCAGGAUCCUCUUCCUGCCCUCAAUGUGGAGAAAGACCCAGGACAGAAGCUGGACUUCUGCCAGCUAAUCCGAGCAACUGUGCAUCAGAUGUUGAUCUGCAGGAGAUUUUAGAGGAACAUAAGAUGAGUCUGAGGAGGAGAUGUGAAUGUGUGACUGAAGGAAGUGAUGAACCAGGAAGUAGAACCCUCUUCAACAUGAUCUAUACUGAUCUCUAUAUCACAGAGGGACAGAAUGAAGAGGUUAUUACCCAACAUAAGGUGAAGCAGCUGGAGAGAGCUUCCAUGAACCAAAACCUUCAUGAUUCUCCAAUCAGGUGUCACGACAUCUUUAAAGCCUUAUUUGAUCAACAUGGACCCAUCAGAGUGGUUCUGACCAAUGGCAUUGCUGGUGUUGGAAAAACCUUCUCAGUGCAGAAGUUCACUCUGGACUGGGCAGAGGGCUUGGAGAACUAAGAUGUCAGUGUGGUGGUUCUGCUUUCAUUCAGGGAGCUGAACUUGAUCAGAGGUGAGCAGCACAGUCUUCUCACACUGCUCCAUGUUUUCCAUCCAACACUUCAGAAACUCCCAGCAGAGAAGCUAGCUGUCUGUAAACUUCUCUUCAUCUUUGAUGGCCUGGAUGAAAGCAGACUUUCUCUGGACUUUGAUGACAGUCAGCUGGUUUCUAACAUCACACAAAAGUCAUCGGUUAAUGUUCUGCUGACAAACCUCAUCAAGGGGAAUCUACUUCCCUCAGCUCUCAUCUGGAUAACUUCUCGACCUGCAGCGGCCAAUAAGAUCCCUCCUUCAUGUGUUAACAGGGUAACAGAAGUACGAGGCUUCACUGAUGCCCAGAAGGAAGAGUACUUCAGGAGGAGGUUCAUUGAUGGAGAGCUGUCCAGCAGAAUCAUCUCCCACAUCAAGACCUCCAGAACCCUCCACAUCAUGUGUGCAAUCCCAGUCUUCUGCUGGAUCACUGCAACGGUUCUGGAGAACAUGUUGACCACAGAGCAGAGAGGAGAGCUGCCAAAGACCAUGACCGACAUGUACUCACACUUCCUGCUAGUUCAGAUUAAGAGGAUGAAGGACAAGUACCAAGGAGGACAUGGUAGGAGUCCACAGGAGCUGAUGGAGGCAGACAGGGAAGUUCUUCUGAAGCUGGGGAGGCUGGCGUUUGAACAUCUGGAGAAAGGAAACAUCAUGUUCUACCAAGAAGACCUGGAGCAGUGUGGUCUGGAUGUCACAGAGGCCUUGGUGUACUCAGGAGUUUGUACAGAGAUCUUCAAAAGAGAGAAUGUGAUCUUUCAGAAACCAGUCUACUGCUUUGUUCAUCUGAGCAUUCAGGAGUUUCUGGCUGCAGUCUACAUCCUCCACUGUUUCACCAGCAGGAACACAAAGGUGAUGGAGAGAUUCCUGGAAGAAGACAUUCAUUUCUUUUCUUGGAAUUAUUUUUGGAUGAGAAGCAGGGAAAUAUCUCUGGAUGACUUUCUGAAGAGAAUCAUGGAGAAAUCCCUCAGAAGUAAAAAUGGCCACCUGGAUAUGUUUGUUCGCUUCCUUCAUGGGCUUUCUGUGGAGUCCAACCAGAGACUCUUGGGAGGCCUGCUGGGUCAGACAGAGAACAGUCCAGAAACCAUCCAGAGAGUCAUCAACAAUCUGAAAAAGAUGAACACUGAUGAUGUCUCUCCAGACAGGAGCAUCAACAUCUUUCAAUGUCUGAUGGAGAUGAAGGACCUCUCAGUAUAUAAGGAGGUCCAACAGUUCUUAAAAUCAGAGACCAGAUCAGAGAAGCUCUCAGAGAUCCAGUGCUCAGCUCUGGCCUACAUGCUGCAGAUGUCAGAGGAGGUUCUGGAUGAAUUAGACCUGGAGAAGUACAACACAUCAGAAGCAGGACGACUCAGACUGAUUCCAGCUGUGAGGAAUUGCAGAAAGGCUCGACUUGCUGGAUGUGAACUUUCACAGACUGACUGUGACGUUGUGGCGUCAGCUCUGAAGUCCAACCCCUCCCACCUGACUGAACUGGAAAUAGAUGUGAUCAGUGGAGAGGAAACAUUUGGAGACUCUGAUAUGAAGCAUCUCUGUGAGAUACUGGGGACUCUAUACUGUAAACUAAAGACACUGAGAUUGAGGAGAUGCAGCUUGUCAGAGAUCAGCUGUGCUUCUCUGUCCUUGGCUCUGAAGUCCAACCCAUCCCAUCUGAAAGAACUGGACCUGAGUCAGAACCAAGACGUGAAAGAUGCUGGAGUGAAGGAGCUCUGUGGUUUUCUUCAGACUCCUCUCUGCAAACUACAGAUACUGAGAUUGAAGGACUGCAGGUUGACGGAUUUCAGCUGUGCUUCUCUGAUGUCUUCUUGGACGUCCAACCCCUCCCAUCUGACAGAACUGGACCUGAGCGAUAACGACCUGAAAGAUGCUGGAGUGAAGAAGCUAUGUGGCUUUCUACAGACUCCCCUCUGCAAACUACAGAUAUUGAGAUUGGAGUACUGCAGGUUGUCAAAUAUGGGCUGUACUUCUCUGGUCUCUGCUCUGAAGUGUAACCCCUCCCAUCUGACUGAACUGGACCUGAGCUACAACAACCUGAAGGAGUCAGAUGUUCAGCAGCUGAAGGAUCUUGUAAAGAGUGUAGACUACAAACUGGACACUGUGAGGUGGAGGUCAUGAUGUUUGUGGAGGAGAGAAGCAGAGCUGUGUCAUGAUGAUCCACAGAUGUUAAAGCAGAAGCAGUUUGAGUUUAAAGAGACUGCUUGGAUGAUGACGACGGUGAUGACGAUGACUACGAUGAUGAUGAUCUCUGAGUUUAGAGAUUUUGAUUCUGUUUAUUUGAUCAUGCCUGUCAUUUAGUGUCUGAUCUUGUUUGUCUCUUUUGACCAAUGAAGAUGAAAUGAAAACUUAGCUGCAUUUAGUGGCUAAAUGUAGUUUUGAUCUGAAUAUAAUGAAACUGUAAAGGUGAUCCUUUUCUCCCUGAUUCAUUUUCAGCCUGUAACGAAGAAAUAUUAACUAAAACUCAACUAAAGUCUUCUGGCUGCAUGUUCGCUCCAUUGUGAGGCAGUUUUUAGAUGCUUUUGAUGAUAUUUUAGAUGUUUUCUGUAAAUGUUUAGGCAGGUGUAGAAGCAGACUCC